AUGGCUGCACAAGCCAGAAUGCGCAAUGCCAAAGUACUUCUGAUACACUUGGGGGCACUUGGAGCAGAAAUUACGAAGAAUCUGGUGCUUAGCGGGGUAGGAUCGCUGAGUUUGAUCGACGACAGUGAUGUAAGCAGUCAGGAUCUGGACUCGCAGUUCUUUUUGGGAAAAGCAGAGGUGGGGACCAAGCGUUUGGUUGCUGCAGCCCCGAGAAUACAAGAUAUGAAUAGCAGGGUGGAACUGACGAUCGAUACAGAACAUUUUGGCUCAAAGCCAGAUGCUUAUUACCAACAGUUCGACCUGGUCAUCGGGACAGAUCUGACCAGUGCCGAAAUCAUCAAGAUAAAUGCUAUCACACGGCGCUUCAACCUUCCACUGUUUGUGGCGGGGCUCAAUGGGCUCUCCGGCUACAUAUUUGUGGAUUUGAUCGAAUUUGACGCCACGGACGAAAAAUUGAAAAGCUCCGUGCCGACAGCGCUGGGAUCUGUCUCACAGAAUCGCAGAAUAACUGAAGUUGUUGAGCACUACAAUGAGGAGCAGAAGAAAACUUUCGAAACUAUCGUGACACGAAAUACUUAUACGCCAUUCGAGAAAGUGCUCCGUGAGGGAACUUUCAAGGGAAAAUUGACAAGGAGACAGCUCAAAAGACUCACAAAUGCAGUUCCUUUGACUCUGGCACUAUUUGAAUACCCAGAUGGCGUUGGAGAAGUGACACCCGCUACCCUGAAGGAAAAGGCUUUGGCGAAAUUUGUCCAAUUGGGGCUUCCGACCGAUCAACUUCAGCAAAUAUAUGUCGACCAGUUUGCAGAGCAAGCAGGUCUUGAAUUUGCCCCUGUUGCCGCUGUAAUUGGUGGAGCGGUAGCUCAGGAUGUCAUUAAUAUCUUGGGCAAAAAGCAGUCUCCUUUAAACAAUUUUGUUGUCUUGGACGGUAUCACGCUAGAUAUGCACAUAUUCGAGCUGUAG